AUGCUGCGCGGAUGGCCGCCCAUUGACCGUUCAAAUGUUGACCCCGCGUCGUCGCAGGCCAUUUAUGGGCGCAACUACAACCCACAAGAUUUGCCCGCGGAGAAGCUGACGCAUGUCCUCUACGCAUUUGCUAAUAUCCACCCCGAGACUGGUGAGGUAUAUUUGACCGACAGUUGGUCUGAUGUCGAGAAGCACUACACGGGUGACUCGUGGAAUGAAACCGGAAGCAAUGUCUACGGUUGUGUCAAGCAGCUGUUCCUGCUCAAGAAGCAAAAUCGCAAACUGAAGACACUGAUUUCUAUCGGUGGCUGGACUUAUUCAGCCAAUUUUGCUGGGCCUGCGAGCAGUGAGGCCGGGCGGGCGACAUUUGCGGAGUCGGCUACUCGACUUGUUCUCGAUCUCGGACUUGAUGGCAUUGAUAUUGACUGGGAGUACCCUCAAGAUGAGAACCAGGCCCAGCAUUUGGUUGAGCUGCUGCGUGCGUGCCGCGAAGACUCAAAGAGCCUAGAUAGAGCGGCUGGCCCGAGCCGUAAAUUCUACCUUUCAAUUGCUUGCCCUGCAGGCCCAGGCAACUUCACAAAGCUUAAGCUGCCCGAGAUGACACCUCUCCUGGAUUUCUACAACCUGAUGGCGUACGACUAUGCCGGCAGUUGGGACAGCACCGCUGGCCACCAGGCCAACAUCUUCCCAUCGAACCCGAACCCGACCUCAACGCCGUUCUCGACCGUUGCCGCCUUGAACCACUACAUCAAUGUCAGCGGUGUGCCUCCCGAGAAGAUGGUCCUAGGCAUGCCGCUGUACGGACGUGCGUUUGAGAACACCGAUGGCCCUGGCAAACCAUACAGCGGCGUUGGCCAGGGUAGCUGGGAGAACGGGGUCUGGGACUACAAGGCACUACCGCGCCCCGGUGCCACAGAGCAUAUGGAUACGGAAGCGGACGCGUCGUGGAGCUACGAUAAUGGCUCGCGCACACUGAUUUCGUACGACAACGUCGAGAUGAGCCAAAGAAAGGCUGCUUUCGUUAAGGAGCGCGGGCUGGGUGGAGGUAUGUGGUGGGAGAGUAGCGGUGACAAGGGAGGCAAGGACGGCAAUGCAGCAGAUGGCAGUCUGAUCGGCACCUUUGUGGACGGCAUCGGUGGCGUCAACGCACUGGAGCAGGCGGACAACGCUAUUGACUAUCCCGAGAGCAAGUACGAUAACCUGCGGGCGGGAUUUCCUGAACAGUAG